AUGGGAAGUGUGCACUUCAAAUAUUACGAGAACUAUCCAAACAUCACAUUAAUUGCAAAAAUUAAAAGCACAAAAAGACAUCGCCCACCACUUCAGGAACAAAGAAACAAUAUCUUUAAGCUUUUUAUUACAAUUUCUUCUUUUCUUUUAACAAUUCUUGCUAUUCUCAAUAAUUCAUUAACUGAAAGAUUCUUAAACAACAUCGUUGACACAAACGAACCAACGAACACAGCCAUUAAAAUGCAUCAGGAAUUAUUUGAAGAUGACGACGAUAAGAAGAAGAGAAAAAUAAAUUCACAGCCAUUUUCCAUAAGUCGUAACAUAAAACAGAGAAAGUACAUAGAAACCAAUAACAUGGAAAUGAACACAACAAAUUCAAAUAAUAAUAAAAGCAAUAAUGAAUCAAUAUUGAAUGCAAUGGAAAAAUUUAAUGAUUCUGUAACGUCAACAAAUCGAAAAGCGAUUGAGAAACUAAGUCGAGAAGAUGGAAAAGAUACAAGCACUAGCAACAGUUCUCAAUCAUUUUUUCAAUUUCUCAAAUCUGCUUUUAGAUGCAAUACAACAUCGUUGAAUAAAAUCGUUGAACAAACUGAAUUGAAUUAUCCAUUAAAUUUACAUUUACGAAUGAAUGAAAUCUUCUCAAUGCACGACAAACUCUGCGACAUUGCUGAGUGUUUUAACGACUUGUAUUCGAUUGAAAUGGUUGUCAACAUCACCGGAAGUUUCAUAAUGAUUUUAUUUGGAAUAUUCUUUGAAAUUAAGACUGUUAGUGCAGCAACAUCAUAUUUGAUUGUUCUGCUUCAAUUUGACAUGACAGAUGACUUUCAAAAGUUGGUCGGAAACAACAAAACGACAACAACUGCUUAA